AUGGAGAGCGGCAACCCUCGCAUUAACUCUGCUCGUAUGAGCCAGUACGUUGGUCGCCACGUUCGGUUGACGUGCAAAAUUAUCAAGGCUCAAGGCGAGAACAUUAUAGUCCAGGCCUCGGAUGGGGGACAAGUAGAGGUCAAACUUACUACGGCAAGUAGUAGCCGACCUGGCAAUGACAACUACGUCGAAAUCCUUGGCAAAGUCGUCGAUGCUCAACGAAUGGUGGCAUCUGAAGUGUUCCCUCAGGGAGACAACAUAGACCUCGAAGUAGUAGACCAGCUUGUCGAACUCAUGCACAAGUAUCCAGAGAUUUACAUGUAA